UCCACCUAAGGAGUUCCAAAAUCGGAGUGGGGCCCAAAAUGGUGGGCCCCACUCCGAUUUCAAUUAAAAUGAGCUCAGCAGCUUCCCCUGAUGCUACCAUUGCUUUUUUUUUCAUUUCUAAAAAGUGGCCCGUAAGGUAGCAAAAAGUGGGUAUGUGUGUGAAGGUGUGUAUCGUCCAGCCUUUUUGUACCGGAAGUCAGGAUAUACACUUCCCGCGAAAUCGAAUACACACCGCGGGAAUCUGAAACCUUUGGCCAAUGAAAUUACUGCACUGUACAAUCAGCCGCGAAUGUAAGGAAAACUGCGGAAAUUGCACAAGAAGAAGAAGACUUCAAGGAUAGAAGAUUGAAGACAGAAGAAGACGGAGUGGUUGGACAUCUGAAUAUUUUUACAAAUACCGACCUCUUCAUGCAACAGAACCAUUAUGUCCACAAGGAGGAGGAGGAAAAAGCCUAUAGACGAUGCAAAGACAUACAUUCUGUCUUGCACUGACAAGGAUGGGUUUAUGCCGAGAUUCAUUGACCGUUACAAAGGAAGAGGAGUGUUUGCCACACAACCCAUUGAACCCGGGGACUUCGUGUUGGAGUACAGGGGUAAACUCCUCACACAGGAGGAAUGCAAGUCAAGAAAAUACUCAGAGAUUGAAAGCACAUUUCUCUUUGACUUUCAGUGGCAGAAUCAUCACUUAUGCCUGGAUGCAUCUGAAGAAGAUUUAUCUCUCGGAAGAUUGGUCAAUGACAACCACCAAAAUCCAAAUUGCGUUAUGAAAAAAAUCAUAGUUGACAACAAACCACAUUUGUGCCUUUUUUCUCUGAAGAAAAUAGAAAUAGGAGAUGAAAUUGAUUACAACUAUGGUGAUUCAAAAUGGCCUUGGCGCUGUAAGUUGAAAAAAACCCAAGCUCCAGCCGCAGCAGAAGAGAAUGAGACUAGCCCUGUUCCUCAGAUGCUGAAUGAUAGACCUAACCCAGAUCAGACCUGCACACAGGUGAAAGGCCUUCAGACUCCUGCUGCAGCAGAAGAGAAUGAGACCAGCCCUGUUCCUCAGAUGCUUAACGAUAGACCUAACCCAGAUCAGACCUGCACACAGGUGAAAGGCCUUCAGACUCCUGCUGCAGCAGAAGAGAAUGAGACCAGCCCUGUUCCUCAGAUGCUUAACGAUAGACCUAACCCAGAUCAGACCUGCACACAGGUGAAAGGCCUUCAGACUCCUGCUGCAGCAGAAGAGAAUGAGACCAGCCCUGUUCCUCAGAUGCUUAACGAUAGACCUAACCCAGAUCAGACCUGCACACAGGUGAAAGGCCUUCAGACUCCUGCUGCAGCAGAAGAGAAUGAGACCAGCCCUGUUCCUCAGAUGCUUAACGAUAGACCUAACCCAGAUCAGACCUGCACACAGGUAUUUACUGUCCAAGGAUUUUCACUGGUUGAUUAUCCAGAUAGUGAUGAAACUGAUGAGGAUGGUAUGGAAAACGAACCUCCCACCCCACACCUGGAUGUUAUUAUAGGGCAGAAUGAUAUUGGCCCAGAUGUUUCAGAUCAUUUGUACGAUUCAGAUGAAACUGUUGUGAAAGAAACUUGUGAUGAGGCUUCUCCAAGCAACCAUUCCAACAAUCAAUCGGAUGAUGAACUUGUUCCACCACUGAGACGCACAAAAAGCAUUCUGAUGGAUAGAGUACAAGAUUUUACCCACAGUCUCUAUGAUUCAAGUAGUGACAGCGCAGAGGAGACUCCUUUUAAGUCUGAAAGGGAUUCACAGAAACUGAGAAGAAGGUCUUGCCGUCCCAUUCAGAUAAAUCUCAUGGAAUCGGAUGACUCAAUCUCAGGUAGCGAAGAUGAGUAUAUUCCAAAUCCCAUGGAUGAAAGCACAGAAAGUGAUAGCAGUAUGGAAUUAACCCUGGAAAAGGAAAAAAAGAACAAAGGUGCAUCAUCCAGUCAGAGCAAGUUUAAGCCCAGAGAGAGUGGAAGUAGAUCCUCCAGAGAGAGUGGAAGCGAGUCCUCCAGACAGAGCAAGUCUAAGCCCAGGGAGAGUGGAAGUGGAAGCAAGUCCUCCAGACAGAGCAAGUCUAAGCCCAGGGAGAGUGGAAGUGGAAGCAAGUCCUCCAGACAGAGCAAGUCUAAGCCCAGGGAGAGUGGAAGUGGAAGCGAGUCCUCCGGUCAGAGCAAGUCUAAGCCCAGGGAGAGUGGAAGUAGAUCCUCCAGAGAGAGUGGAAGCGAGUCCUCCGGUCAGAGCAAGUCUAAGCCCAGGGAGAGUGGAAGUAGAUCCUCCAGAGAGAGUGGAAGCGAGUCCUCCGGUCAGAGCAAGUCUAAGCCCAGGGAGAGUGGAAGUGGAAGCGAGUCCUCCAGACAGAGCAAGUCUAAGCCCAGGGAGAGUGGAAGUGGAAGCGAGUCCUCCAGACAGAGCAAGUCUAAGCCCAGGGAGAGUAGAAGUGAAUCCUCUAGUCAUAGCCAAUUUGACUUUAGCCAGAGAAGACUUUUGGAAAGAUGUCAUGAUCCCGCACGAAGAUUUCCAAAUAGCAGAGUUGAUGGGAAUGAAAAGGAAAUCGCAACAUAUUCUGAAAACAAUGUUUCAGUGCCCCUGGAAGAAGAGCAGUAUAUCAUUGUCAGUCCAACUUUAAAGAAAGAUGAUGGAUCCAGAAGCUAUAACAAGAAACAUUUCUGUUUUUAUUGCAGGAAGUUUGUCCAGAAAAUGUCAAGACACUUGUGGCGUAAACACCAAGAUGAAUCGGAUGUUGCGAAAGCAUUCAGUUUUCCAAAAAACUCAAAGGAAAGAAAACUACAAUUGGACUACAUACGAAAUAAGGGAAACUUUGAGCACAACAGUCAUGUUUUGGAAACACAAAAAGGAAAACUAAUCCCAUGUAAACAACCGGGAAAAAAAUCAGAGGGACAUAAAUUUGCACAUUGCAUUCACUGCUAUGGGUUGUUCUCAAGAAGAGCAAUGUGGCGGCAUUUCAAGGUCUGCAGCUUCAAACCCGAAAGUACUAAACCAGGUAAAAAUAGAGUUCAGGCAUUGUGUGCUUUCGCUGAACCUUCUCCAUCGGAAUAUACAGACGCGUAUUGGAAGUUCUUGAGUGUAAUGAGUCAGGACAAGAUUGCAGUUGCAAUUAAAGGAGACAACUGCAUCCUCAAUUAUGGGUUCAGGUUGUUCAAAAAGAAUGAGAAGAUAGUGAGUCAACACCAGUAUAUACGCCAAAAACUGAGAGAACUUGGCAGGCUUUUAUUGGAAGCUAAAAAAAUCACACAUGUGAAGACCAUUCAAGAACUCAUCAAACCUGAACAGUACUCCCAGGUUGUCAGAGCUGCAAAGAACCUAUCUGGAUUCAGUGAGGAAAGUGGCAUAUACCAAUGUCCCUCUCUUGCACGCAAGGUAGGACACAGCCUGCAUUCGUUGGCUAUGUUUAUCAAGUCCGAAGGACUGAAAAAGAAAGAUAAAGAAACCAUAAAAGAUGCUGAGGAGUUCGCACAGUUGUAUUUAGAGAGUUGGAGGUUUGAUAUUGCAGGCCAGGCAUUAACCCAGCUUAACCGGGCCAAAUGGAAUGCACCGCAACUUUUACCUCUUACACAAGAUAUCCAAAGGCUACAUUGCUAUCUAGAAGAAAAACAGCAGCAACAUCUCAAAGAUUUAAAAGAACAUCAUUCAUCCACAAAUUGGAAGGAACUUGCAAAAGUAACACUGACUCAAGUUAUGCUUUUUAAUCGGCGGAGAGCAGGUGAAGUGUCCCGAAUGCGCCUGUCUGCAUACUUAUCGAAGGACACAUCAGAGGAACAGGGAGAUGUAAAUUUGGCCCUCACAGCGCUUGAGCAGAAGCUCUGCAGGCAUUUUGUGCGAAUAGCAAUUGUUGGAAAAAGAGGAAGGAAGGUUCCUGUUCUUCUAACCCCAUUAAUGAGAGAAUCACUUGAUGCUCUUACUGAGAGCAGAGAAGAAUGUGGGGUGCUAAAGGACAAUGAAUAUCUGUUUGCAUUGCCACAAUCUGCCCAUUACCUCAGGGCUUGUGACUGCAUUAGGCAAUUUGUCAGUGAAUGUGCUGACAUAAAAAAUCCUCAAGCGCUAACAUCAAUUCAACUGAGGAAACAUAUUGCUACCCUGUCUACUGUUCUGAACCUCAAAACCACUGAGCUCGACCAGUUGGCAGACUUCCUUGGUCAUAAUAUCGCUGUUCACAGGAAACACUACAGGCUCCCAGAAAGCACCCUCCAAUUAGCCAAAGUAAGUAAAGUCCUCCUGGCAAUGGAACAAGGACGCCUAGGAGAUUACAAAGGAAAGAGCCUCGAUGAAAUACAAGUCGAUGUGAAUGAGACCAUUGACAUGGAGGGACCUUUAGCAGAGGACAUUGAAGAUGUCAGUAUGCUAAGAGAUGAUGGGUCAGACGAUGAGGUCAGCAUGUCAUCCACGCAAGAAUGUACCUCCACAUCACAAAGUCAAAACCGGGGAGUGUCUGCAACCGAUGUCAGUAUGCCAAGAGAAGAGGGGUCAGAAGAUGAGGUCAGCAUGUCAUCCCUGCAAGAAUGUCCCUCCACAUCACAAGUCCAAAACCGGAGUGUGUCUGCAAAAAAGAGAGGAAAACAAACAGCCAUCAAAAGAAGCUGGACCCCAGACGAGUGUGCUGCAGUGGACACACAUUUGAGGAGAUUUAUUGUAAGGAAUCAAGUUCCUGGUAAAGAAGAGUGUCAGCGCUGUAUUACUGCAGAACCUCAAGCUCUCAGAAACAGAGACUGGAAAGCAGUUAAAUAUUAUGUUAAAAAUCGCAUUACAGCCCUGAGAAGAAAAGUCUAGUGUGAAAGCACCUAAUGGAACUGAGGUAAAACCAAAACAUUAGAGGUAGGAUCUUAAAAUGUUUUGUCUUUGGUUGUGUUCUGUUGUAACCUUGUUGUUGUUGUUGUUGUUGUUGUUGUUGUAGGGGUUUGCUCAGGUUUUAUGGCUGUCCAGUGGCCAACAAAUAUACACAUUUCACAGAUCUUAUUUAAUUUUAUUUUUUAUUUGAUGGAUGUAGGAUGGAUGUUCGAGAGAUGAAUGGAUGUAGGAUAGAUGAUUGAUGUUUGAUGGAUGUAGGGUAGA